UAAUGAUUGUGAAUUUUGGCAUCAUCUUUCGCUAGCUUUUAGCUCUUCUAUAACAACGCUGACGCUUAUUUAGAAACUUUCAAGUGAUUAGUAAAAACUAUUUAACAGCAAUAAAUAGGCGUAAUUUUACGAUCUCAUAUUCUUAUAUGAAAUAAUUUUCUAAAAAAACUUGAAAACAAUAUGGUGGAAAACAGUUCAUAUUUUUCGUUGGGAAUGCAUUCGUGUGUGAAGCUGUACAAGGCAAUGAACACAUAAAAGUGCACUGCUCUAAUUGUGCACAAAUGAACAGUUAGUACGAGUGUAUUUACAACUAGACUGCUGUUAUAAUUGUUAUGCAAGUUUAAUAAUAUAAUAGAAUAUGCAAAGUUUAAUAAUUAGAACCUAUUCAGUGAAAAUGUGACUAUACUAGAAUAAUUACGAAUUUUAUUGUGAAAUUUUUGUGUAGUAGUCGUAAUUGUGUAAAGGAGGUUCCGAGUGUAAACGAAUGAAAACGAUUAUCCUCUUGUUUUACCGCUGCAUGCCGCGCUGCAUUGGUACAUAACGUGAUGUUUUCGUUGCUCUAGCCAUGCUUUGCUGCUAUUAUGCUACUGUGAAUGCAAAGUACUUGUUGGUGUAUGUAUACAUGUGUGCAGCGGCGAUAGCUAUUGUGAAUGCGCUCGUUUUUCCGCUAUGGUCACGUACUCUUUCGAGCUGUGCAAUUUUGUUAUAAAUUUGGCAGUUUUCCUUGGCAAAUAUAGUGUGAAAUAUCUUUGUUUACAACAAGUUAAGUACAAUUCUUUUAGUGAGACUGAGUUAACUUUAUAUGAAAUGAUAACGAAGUGAAAAUCGCUUAAAUGGAGCAAUUAAUUAGGCUGACAUUGAUUGCAAUUUAAAUAUAAUAAAAUACAAAAUAGCCGCUUUCAAAACGGUUAAAGUGCUUGUGUAAAAAAUAUUGCACUUUGUUAAAGUUCGCAAUUAAGCAACAUAAUAAAAAACAAAAAAUGUCGAACUCCAGCACAGAAGUACCUCGCAUAAUGGUCUUUCGACCUACGUGGGAGGAAUUCAAAAAUUUUCCUAAAUACAUCGCCUUCAUGGAAUCUCAGGGCGCUCACAAAGCUGGUCUAGCCAAAGUGGUACCACCACCAGAAUGGGUGCCACGUCGUAGUGGCUACAAUGAUUUGGAUGCGCUCAAUAUAACUAUACCGGCGCCGAUUUGUCAAGUCGUCACCGGCAAACAGGGCCUCUACCAACAAAUUAAUAUACAAAAGAAGCCUCUUACAGUGAAGCAAUUCAGUGAGUUGGCGUCUACGGAACGCUAUCAGACGCCUAAACAUUUUGAUUUCGAAGAUCUCGAGCGUAAAUAUUGGAAGAAUAUUACCUAUGUGGCACCGAUCUACGGCGCGGAUGUUAGUGGUAGUGUCACUGAUACGGAUCAAGAUAGCUGGAAUAUAAAUCGUCUUGGUACAAUUCUCGACUAUGUCAACGAAGAUUAUGGCAUACAAAUUGACGGUGUGAAUACAGCCUAUUUGUAUUUUGGCAUGUGGAAGACUACCUUUGCCUGGCACACUGAAGAUAUGGAUCUCUAUUCGAUAAACUAUUUACAUUUUGGCGCUCCAAAGACGUGGUAUGUCGUACCACCCGAACAUGGGCGCAAAUUAGAAAAAGUAGCUAAUCAAUAUUUUCCGGCGAGCUAUGAAAAUUGUAAUGCUUAUUUGCGGCAUAAAAUGACACUGAUAAGCCCGCAAGUGCUUAAGCAACACGACGUGCCGGUGAAUAAAAUAACCCAAGAGGCUGGUGAGAUAAUGAUCACAUUUCCUUUCGGUUACCAUGCCGGUUUCAAUCAUGGUUUCAAUUGCGCCGAGUCAACCAAUUUCGCCAUGGAACGGUGGAUUGAAUAUGGAAAACGUGCCGUUCAAUGUACCUGCAGUAACGACAUGGUGAAGAUCUCCAUGGAUACAUUCGUGAAACGCUUCCAGCCCGAUCGCUAUCAAUCGUGGUUGGAAGGAAACGAUGUGGGCCGACAUCCCGAAGAUCCGCCCAGUGCCAUAACCGCUGCGCCAUUACCCUCACAUUUAGAUGUAAUAUGCAAUAAGAAUCAUGGGGCUGGCAAUUUACCAAUGCACGCAUUACAUAGAAUGAAAAAACAAUGUAAUCCCACAAAGAAGAAGUCCUUCAAAGAACGCAAUCCUGAUUUGAAUUUAGAGGAGAUCCAACAGAAUCCCAAUAUACCCGAUGAGGUGAAGGCAGUGCUAAAAGAGAGUGUACUAACGCUCGACGCUGAGGACGAAGAGCCAGCCAUAAUCGGUGAUGGAGAAGCUGAGAUAAUGAGUCAAUUAAGUCCAGCUAAUUUGAAAACCAAAAAGGAAUUACUCGACUACAUUGAUGAUGGCACAGAUGAAGAUGAGGAGGAAGAAUUCCGUAAACGCCGUCAUAAGCGCAAACAUCAUUCCGACUAUGAUGAUGAUUGGUUUGCCAGUAAGCGGCGCAUAAAUGCGCGUAAUAGCAGCAAAGGUCGCAGUCCGCGCAAUAGCAAUAAAGACGAUCGCUCCAUAUCGCCGGCAUCAUCAUCAUCCUCAUCGUCACGCGCACGCCGUCAGCCAUGUACAACACCCGGAAAAACGCCACGCAAAACACCAAAUCGUAGAAAGAAAGACAAUGCCGCCUCUGCCGCAACAACACCUAAUGCCUGUGCUUCUACUGCGGCGAUAGCGAUGGCAGCACCGGAAGCAGUGGCGAGCGUACUGAAAAGCGCCGCUGCAGUUUCGCAAGCACUGGGGAGUCAAAGCAAUGGUGGCGCGAGCUCACCAUCGGCAAUUGAUGAAGCGCCAACAGUGGCCGUAACCGUGGCAGCUGUAGCUGCUGCUGAUGCGGUGGGAGGCAGCAAUUCAGUAGCCACAAACACAAUCGCAAGAGCAGCAGUUGUGGCAUCAGCAAUUGCUAACACCAGCAGCAACACCGAGUCGGCAGUUGCAGCAACAACAAGUUCUGCUAUAUCAGCACCCGCACCCGUCAUACGCGUGGUGCACAAGCUGAGCGAUCAGUUGUGUGUCAACAGCACUGCAACGGGCAAAAGUAAUAUUAAUAAUAAUAAUAACAAUAACAACGAUCUCCCCUCCGUACCGCCAGUGUUGCAUUUUAUGCAACCCUCACGCAAAUUCGAGGGUAAAAUACCAAAAAUCAGUCAGCAAAUCAAUUUGCAACACCCAGAACUGAUCAUAAUGCCAUCCACAUCGAACGCUGCUGCCUCUACGGCUGUUGCCAACACCACCACAACCGCCAUAACGGCGUCUAGUCAACAGCAACAGCUCGAACAGGAGCAACAGCAGCAGUUGCAGCAACAGCAACAACAACAACAAACAAUUGUUUAUACAACCAUGUUGCCUGCGGCAAGCACUCUGAAUGGCAUUGCUGCUCAGCAAUCGGGGCAGCAGCAAACCCAAUAUAUUACGAUACCCGCCUCGUCGGCGUCAAGUGGCAAUACUACAGACGGCACUGUCUAUCAGCUGCAAAGCGAGAUUGUUUGUGAUGCGGCGACAUAUCAGCAACAUCAGCAGCAGCAGCAACAACAACAACAGCGUCAACAACAGCAGCAUGGGCAGCAGCAGCAGCAGCAACAACAAUUGACUGCCCAAAGCAUCAACGGCAAUACGAUUGCGGUGACGUCGUCCGCUGCAGCGCAAGGUUUUUCUAAAAAUCAACCAGUUAGCGAUACCAACAACCAGAAUAAACAAAACAAACAGAACAGCAACAACAACAACAAUGACAAUCAUAAUCCUCUCAUUAACAACACAAAUUCUCCCUUCCAACAACCAACACCACCACCCCCAGUAAAACGCAAAGUUGGCAGACCUCGAAAAUAUCCAGCAAAUACACAAAAUCCACUACAGACCUCUUCUAAGUCAAAACCCGGUAGAAAACCAAAAACAGCAUCUGCACAAACACCAGCAACUACUCCCAGACCUUCAGCAACAUCAUUAACAUCACCAAUACCAUCAUUGCUUGCAUCUCCCACUAUCAGUGAUAACGCCAUCCAUCAUUUCAGCAGCACCACAACAACAGCACCACACUCAUUAUCAACGACAGCAACUACAACAACUACAAAUACAGGGUCUAUCAACGAUAAUACACAAACCAAGACCGCCACACAAGCCAUACACAACAGCACACUACCAACAACAAUAACUACACAUAUUACACAGCCACAAUGUAGCAACAGCAACAACAAUGCAGCAACAAGUUGGCCUCCAACACCUCCACCAUCAUCGACGUCAGUGCCCAUCAACAUGGGUAUUGUUGGUGGUGGUGGUGGAGGUGGUGGUGAGGGUUCCUUUGGUGACAAGCACAACAGCAAGAGUCAAAUGGGCGCAGUCACCAGCACAGGCAAUAGCGGCGUUAAAUACAACAUCAACAACAACAACAAUAUGACGAAUAGUUUCGUUGAUGAAUUUACUGAUUUUGUUUUGAAUGAUCGCUAUGGCGGUAAACUAACCACUACAAAUUGCUUUUCCCACUUUCAAAUACCAUCAUCACUCCUACCAAUCAAAACAAACGAACGCUCCACGCGACAUAGGACUAUCGUUGGAGGUGAGCCGGGCAGCACGAUCAUUCGAAAUGGCAACAAUACGGUCAUCACCGCCACUAACAGCAAUAAUAACAAGAAGUCGUCGUUGCAGUCGCGCACAGUGCAAUUGCUAGUGACGCGGCGUCCCAUCAUCACAAGUGCCAGCAAUAACAACACGCAAAUCGUUGCCGCCAACACCAGCGCGGCCGCCACACAAACGGCUACCAUAGUCGCGCCCGGUGUGCUAAAAAUCACAUCGGCACAUACGAACCCGAACAGCAACAACCACAUUAUCCAAACUGCUUCUGGUACGGAGACGGUCGUUAUUGAGGAGGAAGACGAUGAGCUGCUUUCCGCUUCGGCGGGAUCGAGUGGUGAUGAUGGCUCAACUUCGCCCGGCGCGCUUGCCAUGUCAGCGACAACGGCACAAAUAUUACGGAAGUUCCGUAUACCCAAGGGCACCGCAUUGACGGCGAAAGUGAGCGGCGUUGAAGCGGUAGCUAACGCGUCGGAAACUCUGAUCUGCAGCGCAUCGACAUCACCAGCACCAUCGCCAAUACAUUCCACUACCUGUUCGCCUGCACCGUCGGCUGCAACACCGAACUCCGUAGAUCUGGUUGAGGAAGUGAUCGAGACAGAUGAGAAUUCGACGUGUCAUUCAAAUGAAGCGCUAAUGCCAGCCGACACCACCACCGCAACAGCUGACACUAUAACCGAAUGCGAUACGGAAGCAGUACAGGGCGCUGAUACCAACACCACUACCACCACAGUUUUAGUGCCAGCUGGCAGUGAUGGCGGCCCAGUGACAGCAACUACCGCUACAGCGUUACCACAAAUCCAGCUGCAAACAGUGCAACCGAAUGGCACGGUAACCUGCAUCAAUUUGCCGCCUAAUACGAUUCUACUCACCGCGCCGGAUGGUUCCACUAUACUUGCCACAGCGACGCCGCAACAGCUCAGCAAACUUACACAACCACAGCAGCACCAGCAACAACAACAAAUCAUAUCGAUGCAAGAUUGGAAUGGCGGUGGCGCUGGCGGGGGUAGUAGCACCACUGUUGAUGGCAAUACAGCAACUGUGCUGCAAGCUGUGCAAACUGCAGCCUCACAUCAUCACCAAGCAGCUACGACAACACAAACAUUGCUACUCACCGCCGAUGGCACCGCAAUACCACUUAUACAGUCAGCACCAAGCGUUGCCACCAGCGCCACUGGCACAACGACGAAUUCGGCGGCGGCAGCAGCAGCGGCCGCUGCGCAAAUCGUAGCCGCUCAACAAGCUGAAGCGCUGAAGGCUCAAGUGUUGGCGUAGGGUUUGGCCGGUGGCCAAUUAGGGCGAUUUUUGAACAAUGCAACAAUUUUACCGACGACUUACUUUUUCUAAAGAAAGCCAACAACAAGUUUCAAAAAUUUCCGAAAAAGUGCUUAACACGGCGAAUUUGCUUACUGCCCUGCCAGUCGGUUAACAUCGGAAAGUUUUCAAGAAAUCAUUAGCGCAUGCUUUUGAGGUUAUGCAGUCCAUGACGGUAACCUAAUAGACCUAACAGACGCGAGCGCUCAUCCUGGGCCUACCGUUAGAUAAAUAAGACGAAGACGACCGGUAAUCUACACUACACUGACAUUUACUGCUAAACAACAACUACCAUACUUCCGACGCAGGCUAAUAUUCGUCGAAGUCUUGACAUGUCACCAAUGUUAUCUAAACUUUUUAGGAAGUAAUUUAGGUUGUGACAAUAAUAACAACAACGAUUUUCGUUAAUUUUUAUGAAACUAUAAUUUAUAUAAAUAUUUAUAAUGAAUUUUGUAGAAAAUUGCUUAACCUCACUUUUUAAAAAAUUUGUGUAGUAAAAAAAAUAUGUGCAAGCAAUUUAUUUCACAGUUAUCUAAAGAGAUUUCAUUUAGUUUUCAAGCAUAUUUUCAUAAUAAUAAUUUUUUUAACAUAGUUUUUUUUUGCAGUAUGAAAAUUUAUUAUCAUUUUAUGCCUUCUUUACAAGAGUUUUUACUAAUAUAAGUACUAUAUGGCAUCACCAUGGACGAUUUUGAUUCUUUGUCCAAGUGGGUCUCCCGCAUGGGGGCCAUUUAUCCUAACCUAACCCAAUAUCGGGUGAUUUUUUAAAAGCGUGAGAACUUAAAAUGAUAAUACUCAACAGAAAUUGAGUUGUUGAAAUGAAUUUUGUUUUCAUUUUAGACAAUUUUAUGGCAUUUAUUUUUUGAGUAUCGCAUCCUGCAUAUGUUCGCCAAUGUUUGACUUCUAUUUCCAAUAAAUGCGAAUAAUAAAUCCAAAUGAGCACAAUCAGUAAAAAUACUAAACAAACAAUCGUCAUUUGGCUUGAAUUCGUGCACAAACUGUAUUUCAGAGGCACGUAAGCCAAGAUUCUUACGUAAAAUUUUCCACGUAGUCGAAGAACAAAUGCCACUGAGCUGAGAGCGACGAUGAAUCGAAAUUUCGGCGUUGCUGUUGUAGCAGCGUAUACAUUUCCGGGGUAUGCUGCUGGAUAUAAAUGUGGCCCGCAUAUAAAUCCGGGUCGUUCCGUAACGUAGCACCAACUGCCGUGGAAGCACCUCGGCGUCUUUUUCAACACUUUACUCUGUAAAUUUUCGAAGAGAUUUGUUUUUUAAGUAAAUUUCCACAAUUUGGAAGCGCUGUUUUGAAGUUAAACGAGUCAAACCUUACAAAACAGAAAUGUCAACACAGUUUGCCAUUCUCAGUUGUCAAACCAUAGUUUUCGAUAUCGAUUGUUCUCAUGCAGCUAAAAAAACACCCUCUUUAUAGAGUAAUUAGUCUAAACCUUUUGUAAAAAAUUGCAUUAAUCUAUGUAGCUCAUAAUUACUGAUUUUUGUUUUUGUUUUUUAUUGUGUUUUUUUUUUCUUUUUGGACGCCAAUUGAAUUUUGAGAUUACCCAAUUUAUUGAGAGAAAAUUUGUUUUGCUUGUUUUCAUUUCGAUAGUCGCGACAUUUUUAAGUAGUAUAGUAACUACAAAUUUUUAAGUUUUUCCAAGCAAUAAUAAAUAAUAAUAGAGGAAAAAAAGUGAUAAUAAAGGAAAGUUGAUAAGAAAAAAAUACAGUACUGGGAUUCAUAAUUAAGUGCAAAUAAUCAGGCAUCACGACCAUCGGUUCUACGUAACCGGAACGACCCGGAUUUACAUUCGGCCAAGAACUGUCACCUCAGCAGCAUUUCCCGUAUAUGUAUGAGGAAUGUUUAUGCUGCUAAAACAAGAACAACAUUUGCAAACUAAAGGGAGAUUUUUUAAGAGCUAUAGCAAAAUUUUUCAAAAAACCAAAAAAGUCAAGCUCUUGCAUUUUGGGCAAAAAAAAGUUGGAUAUCAUUUCACGGUAGCGCUCACCAUUCACAGUUACGUUAAGAUUCGCAGCAUCUUUAAAGAAGUACGGUCCAAUGAUACCUCCAGCCCAUAAACCGCACCAAACUGUGACCUUUUCUGGAUACAUUGGUAGCUCUUGCAACUCUUCUGGCUGAUCUUCACUCCAAAAUCGACAAUUCUGCUUAUUUACGUACCCAUUGAUUCAAAAAUGAGCUUUGUCGCUGAACACAAUUUUUCGAUAAAAAAGUGGAUCUUAAACUUUCUUAACAGAACACGCAUUUUUAUAAUAAAAUUCAAUGAUUUUCAAGCGUUGUUCGUUUGUAAGACGAUUCAUGGUUAAAUUAUAGACCAAACUGAAUAUGAUUGACAGUGAAACAAAACACGAAACGUGCGUCAGCUGUUUAAGCCAACUGUUUAAAAAUAUAAUAGCUAAAAAAUCACCCGUUAUAUAAUUACAUAUAAUUAUGCACAUUUAAUUGUUCUAUUGCCAUGGCAAUUUGCACAUGCCAUGGAGCCAGGUUAUUGCCACUUAAUUGUGAACUGCCCUAAAAUUUUCAAAGAAGUACGCCCAGCAAUUUUACGAACAAAAUAAAUUAAUACAAAUUUUUAAUUAUAAUUAUAUAAUUGUACAGUAAAUACAUAUGUAAUUAUCAUUAAAAACAAAUUCGAAAUUCGUGACCAGCAUACAGCUCUGAAUUAAUUCACUCAAACACGCACUGUAACGUAUUUUGACAUUGUUUGGUAGUGAAAGUGGUCCAAAUUAAUUAUCAAUCCUAAGCUAAAUAGUUUUUAGGAAGUUGUGUAAAAAUUCGUUUGCCAUAAUGUAAUGAAAAAUUUAAUCUACUAAAUGCCGACAAAGUAUAUAAAAAUGGACAAGAAGUUGACGCAAAAACCAACUAAACCAAAAAAAUACGAAAUGUUUAUACGAUCCAGAUGUGAGCGGAAAACGAAGAACUAAAUCAUACUCGUUGCGUAAAAUACUACAAAGAGAAAUGAAUAGAGAUGUAGCUCUAUUCAUUCUACCAUAUGAUUACUAUCAAUAUGUAUGUAUGUACGUGUGAUUGGUAUAUAAGAUAAAGAAAAAAUGCAAUUAAACGAAAUUUAGUUUUUCAUAAGCCAUAGUUUUUCGUAAGCCAUAGAAAGCGAUUAAAUAUGGAGAAUUUAUGCCAGUUGCUAAAAUACAACAAAAACUAAGAGUUAUACCGUUAUAUUAUCAAUAAGUGCAUACACUGAUUGCCACUUUUCUAAAACUGUUAUAAAUAAUUUCCAUUUGUUCAGAAAUUCUAUAUAUAUGAAAAUGUAUGUACAUACAUGUGUUGAGUUGUGUAUGUGUGCAUUUUAGUAAAUGUCAUACCAAAAAUGUCUAUUAAAAUAAUAUAAAACUAAGCGGUGGUGUAGUAGCGUGCAACAGAAAAAAAUCACUUUGUAGCAGAUGCUUAUCAAAGUGUUUAUAUGUAACUAUUAUAUAUAUAUAACUAUUCAUGUACGUAAACUAUACACUUUUCUCUAAAGUGCGGCAAUCAAAAGGGAAAAUAUUUCUUGUAUUAAAAAACAAACUACACUUGUGCAUACAUACUUCCAUAUAUGUAUAUUAUGUACACACACACAAAUGCACUUCGUAGUAGAUGACCAUCCAAUUACAAAUUAAGUUUUUUUUUUAAGCUCAAGUAAAGCUUAAAAAAGCUCCAACGAUUUUGCAUUGCAAUCGUGCAGAAAAAAUAGGGAUGUUCACAAGUGUGACUAUCGAGCAUUAGAGGUGUUCUCAGCUCUAACUAUCGAAACCGUCGUAACAAAUCGGCGAGUUCCGUUUUGAUAGCCUAAUUUGAGUUAAAUUGGAUUAUUUCGUAAAAGCAGCGCACAAGUUUUGAUAAAAGUGGGUCUCUUCGGAAAUGCAACACAAUGUGAAGUACAUAUGCGUGCGCAGAGCUAAUAUUGACAUUUUGCUUGUAUUUUGAUUUGCCUUCUUUGAGUAUUAUUGAAUUUAAUAGUUGGCUGUAGAUGAUGCGGCAGCAGUGGCCCACCCAGGACUGUCAUGUUAAGAAAGAAGAAGAAGUAGAUGUGCGACGGCAAGAAGUUAUAAUUUUUUGUUCGGUUUGAGGAAAAAAGACAGAAGCAAAGCAAAAUAAAAAGGAAACGCUUUAUUAAAAAGAAAAUAUAUCCCAAUAGAGAGAAAAAUUCCUAAAAAGAAAUAUAUAUGUUUUGAAUUAUCCCUUUUUAUAAUAUCCUAUAUACCAUACCCUAAUGAUAUAUUUUAUUCUAAUUUUCGUACGAACCGAUUUUCUAAUACUUUUAACAAAAGUUUUGGCAUAACUUUUUAGGAAAGGCUAUACAAACUUGAUCAAAUGUUUCCGGGAUAUAUUCAGAAAACUCAAAAUACAAACAAGUUUAUUCCUGAGAAGCUAAUUAACGCAUUCCAGGUACUCCCCAACAACUACAACGCACUUAUGCCAGCGUUUGACUCCAGCUCUCGCAACAUUUCUGGAACUCUAUUUUCGGUAUAACCAUCAGAGACGUCUUCAAUUUUUCCAUUACUACCUUUCGGCAGUUAAAACGCGUUCCGCCUAGUGGUUUCUUAACUCGAUCAAACAGAAAAAAGAUGGCAGGGAACCACCAGAAUUUCAUGAAUUUAUCAGAUGAUUUCGCUGGCUGUUGGUUGCUAUUCCCUUCAUUCUUGGUCAAAAACUCACGUGUAAUGUUCGCACUGUGCGACGGUGCGUUAUCAUGGUGCAAAAUUCACUGGUUGUUUUCCCACAAAUCUUUUCUUGUUUGGCGAAUUGCUUCACGUAAGCGUCUCAUAACGCCCAAAUAACAGUCCUUAUUAACUGUCAGACCUACUAACAAAAAUUCGUGUUGUAAAAUACUGGUGUAAUCUAUUAAAACCGUGAGAUAUACCUCUUUCGUUUUUGACUGAAAAGAUCGCGAGGUUUUUCGGUUUUGGUUCAUUCAUUCAUUUGAACUUUUAAGCCCCCUUUGCAAUCGUAUGCAUUGGUUUUGAAGGUUCCUCGUCAACGAUCGCUUGCACUGGUUGACUAAAUUCUGCAGUGUUCGGUCAGUGUUCGAACUUUCCUCGUGUUGUUUGCGUUUUGCAACAGACUCUGCAUCGCCGCCUGAUGCUUCCAAUCCGUGACGGACCUUAUGAACGAAUGAACGGGCGCACUUAAGAAAAUUAUACAAUAGAUCUCUGAAUCGGUAUGAAUUGCGCAUAUAGCGACGAUAGCCGUAUCAUCUCUACAUUUCUUGCGUUAACGUGAAGUUCUGCAAGUCUUAUCUGAAAGAGAGCAAACAUUUUUUUUUAUUACGGGAAGUUAUGGCCAUAUAAUAUGCAUGUCCUCAAAUACUGUGUGCACACUGUAUAUAUAUAUAGUCUCACAGGAAAAAAAAUUGGUAAGAAUUCAACACUAUUCAAGUAAACCUUGUUUGAACUCCUAAAAAUAGCCUUGAAGAAUUUUCUUAUUACACUCUAACAUAAACAAAGCAUAGAUGGCCAGUUUUCCUCACAGUUUUGUUUUUAUAUUGUGCUUUACCCUACAAAAUUCUUGCAUUAAGGGUAGGUUAUCCUCAGCACGCAGUUGAUCUCCCACUGAAAAGUCGCUUCUUACUACUAAACCUACUUAUUUGCCGUCCUUAUUACUGUAAUAGACAUGUUGGCACUUGGUUCCGUUAAGUUUUUAUGAAUACAACUAGCAUCUAGUUUGUUUUUUAUUUAUCUGUUUUUCCGGCAUCGUCUUAUUAUUUUAAAAGUGUUUGCUUUUUAUCUUGAUUUUAAUGCAGUUGCAUAUAUUUUAUUGAUUUUAUUCAAAAAGAAAAAAAUUGUGCUCGAGAAAAACUUGUAAUGCUAUAUAAACCUUUUAAAAAGUAUUAUUCAGAAAUAAUUGAAACGUAUUGUUCAAAAAUUAUUAGAAAAUCAAUCAAAAUCAAUGAAUUUACAUUAUUUUUGCAAUGCUGAAAUUCGUUAAAGCUAAUUUCUUGCUCAAAAUUUGCUGGUUGAUGGUCUGGUAACGUUUCCUUUGCACUCAUUCGCUUAGCUAACUUUUUCUUAUCGAAAAGCUGCUCACUUUUUUCUUAGGAAAAGCGCCUAAAAGACGCAUUUUCUGCUAUGUAGCAGAUGUUGCAUACUUUUAGGCACUAAACUCAUUUGCUCCGCAACAUUUGACAGACAAAAUUUAACAAAGUGUUCUGCAAAAUUCUUAAAAACACAAGAAAAUUAAAUUAGAUUUUCACCACAGAUUGAAAAAUAAAAGUUAGCUAAAAUAAAAUUUAAAAAAAUACCAGAAAAAAUUUUACAAAUAAAAUUUGCGCAGGGCAUAAAUUACAAAAACCUAUCUCAACAUGGAUUUAAUAUAUCACAAUAAUGUGCAUAUAAAUGCGUAUUCAGAAACUAAAAUUUAUACUAAAAUAAUAUUUAUAUGUAUGUGUGUAGAUAUACCUACAUACAUGCCGUACAUCUGUUUAAUUGCAAGUAUUUUUUUUUUGUUUUUGUGUAGAUUUUUAAUAAUUGGUUAUAUGAGUAAUAUCGGUAUUUAAUAAUUUUUAGUUUUCAAAUAUAAAAUUACAAGAUAAUAUUUAACAACAACAACAACAACUGACAUGUAUUUUUAGUGCAUACACAUUUCCUAAAAUGUUAAAAAUGUGUAAUCUAUAUUACAUUUAAGCGAUUAUUGAUAAGUAAACCCAAUUAAGCCAAGCAGAGCAAACCACGCGAAAGCAGAUACGAAAAAAAUGUUUAAAGCAAAAAUGAAUUUGAAAAAAUAAAAUAAGAAAAAUAAAAAUAAGUAAAAUAAAUUUAAGUUUAGUUUCAAUUUGAAUUCUUGUGCGCUAAAAUUUUACAUAAAAUUAAAGCGAAUUUAUUUUAAAUUUAUUUAUAUUUUUAGCAUGAAAAAUAUGUAUAAAAUUUACACCCCAUUUAUGUAGUUAAGCAUACAAACUUAGACAGGCAUCUCCCUAAUAAGCGCCAUAGGGGCGCGCAUAACUUAUUUUAAAAUAAAAAUAAAUGGAAAAUAAAAAAAAAAUACGAAAAACAAACCAAUGAUUGAGGAUUAGUAUAAAGUUGAUUAAAUUAUAAAUUAACAAAUAAUUAUAAGAAUAUUAUGCUAAAAUUAGAAGUUAUGAUUUUCAAAAACAAAUAAAAAUACAAACAUAUAAGCAAACAAAUGAUUCAUUUAUAUUAAAGCAAAACAAAAAAAAACAAAAAAAGAA